CCUCUGGCCCAAACAACGUUUGCUACCCAAAAUGUAAUGCCCUGAACCACUGAUCCAGUCAAUCUGCGCGCUUGAGCCAGUCACACGAUGGCAGUACAAACCAUAACAGCUACGACGAGCACAAACAUCACAGGUGCUACACACAAUUCUACACUCAGCAUUAUGCCGCCAGAGCUCGAGCAGACGCUCGCGCUUCUAUCAUCACAUCGUUCAGUCCUCGGAUACCUGCUGCUCUCGCGUGGAGACCAUGGAGAACAGGGGAAGAAGUAUGCGAGCGUCAUAGGCAAGAUGGUGGAGAGCGUGCAGGCAGGUUUGGAGGAAGUGAGCGGGUCAGAAAAUGAUGGAGACCAGAUUCGCUUCAUGAGGAUACGGACCAAACGUCAUGAAAUCAUGAUUUCGCCUGAUGAAAGAUAUCUCCUCGCGGUGUUGCAUGAUCCCGCUUCGUAAAUUUACCUUUCUAUCACAUUUCUUACAUCUUUAUGUUUAUCUUACGACUGUAUCGGUAGGAUCUCUUGGCAAUGCAGGCCUUUGAGACCGCUA